CGAGGUUGUUCUUGGUUCUCCAAGGUGUCUUCAUAAGGCUUAGCCAAGGGGUGGAAAGUGUUAAUUAUCAGUAGGAGGAGUGCUAGCAUUUGUGGAACAAAAAUCUGAUACAAGUGAUGGCAUAUACAACAGUGAGCAUUGCUACCUCCCCAGUUGGCACAAAAACUAAAGACAUCUUCCGAGAAAAUGAUGGUCUUCGUAGAUCACAGUCAGGCAAAGAUCUUUGUAAACAAGCAGGUCUUCGAAGGUCUUAUUCUGAUAACAACCUUUGUCACUCUAUAAAUCGUGUACGUGCAGCAUCAACUCAGCCAAAACUGAAGAGCAGCCCUUCAGUUGGAUUCUUCCCAUUUCAGAUAACUAGCUCUAUAAUCCCAAAUUCAGUAAGAUCGUUUUUAUUUGAACCUGAAACGAGUAAAGAUAUGAAUAUAGAAGAGAAGGACAUGAAUAUUGUUGUUGACGAUGCUGAGGAGAGCAGUGAAGAAGAAAAGAAAAUAAAUAGGGCAAAUUGGGUGGAGAGGCUUAUGCAAAUCAGAAAAGAAUGGGCGAGUAGGCCGCAAGAAGAGAAUAAAGAUGGAGAAGAUGCUCGUGAAGAGGAUGAAAAUAGUUUUCGUGAGUGUGAUGCAGAUGAGGGUGGUUGUGAGGUAGGUUAUGGUUCUGAAGUCGAAGAAGGAGGUGAAGUUGGAUAUGACCGUGAAUCCUUCUCAAGAUUAUUGGUUAGAGUACCAUUGUCUGAUACCAAGCUAUUUUCUCAACUGGCUUUCUUGUGUAACAUCGCUUAUGUGAUACCUGAGAUUAAGGCUAAGGAUUUGAGAAGGUACUAUGGCAUUCAGUUUGUAACAUCUUCCCUCGAAAAGAAAGCAGAGGCAACUGCCAUAAAAGAUGAACUCAAUCAAGACUCUAUUUGUGUACCCGACCCAAUAGCCGCUCAAUCUUAUUCAGAAAACACUCUGAAACUUGAGCAGAUACGUCCAACUCGACCAUCUGUUGCUUCUAAGAUUGCGGCAUCAGCUGCAUCUUAUGUUCAAUCUCACCAACCACAAGAAGUUGAAGGGAAUUCUCCUCGAGUAUAUAAAUCAGAGGUAGCUGCUUACGUAGCAGCAUCAACAAUGACUGCAGUUGUUGCAGCAGGAGAGAAGGAAAAGCUAGAGGCUGCAAAGGAUCUUCAGUCCCUUCAUUCUUCACCUUGUGAAUGGUUUGUUUGUGACGAUUCAAGCACAUACACUCGCUGCUUUGUGAUUCAGGGAUCGGACUCCCUGGCAUCUUGGCAAGCUAAUCUUUUCUUCGAGCCUACUAGAUUUGAGGGAACAGAUGUGCUUGUUCAUAGGGGAAUUUAUGAAGCUGCAAAAGGAAUAUACGAGCAAUUCAUGCCAGAGAUCAUGGACCAUCUAAAUAAAUAUGGUGAUCGUGCAAAGCUUCAAUUUACUGGUCAUUCGCUUGGUGGUAGUCUCUCUCUUCUUGUAAAUUUGAUGCUAUUGACUAGAAAUAUUGUCAAGCCCUCUUGUCUUCGACCAGUCGUUACCUUUGGUUCACCGUCUGUGUUCUGUGGAGGCCGAAAGAUACUCGAUUAUUUGGGAUUGGACGAGAGCCAUGUUCAUUGUGUGAUGAUGCAUAGAGAUAUUGUACCUAGAGCCUUCUCCUGUAACUAUCCCAACCAUGUGGCCUUAGUCCUCAAGCGUCUGAAUGGUCCCUUACGAUCACACCCUUGUCUAAAUAAAAACAAACUGUUAUACUCUCCAUUGGGCAAAAUUUUUGUUCUCCAACCGAAUGAGAAAUCAUCUCCUUCGCAUCCACUUCUUCCUCCGGGGAAUGCUCUAUAUGCCCUAGACAAGACCCAGUUUGGGUACACCAGCGCAUUAAAUUCCUUCCUAAACUGUCCCCACCCUUUAGAUACUCUAAGUGAUCCUACUGCAUAUGGUUCAGAAGGCACAAUCCUUAGAGACCAUGACUCAAGCAAUUACUUGAAAGCUGUAAAUGGAGUUCUAAGACAACAUACAAGGAUGGUGUUUCGUAAAGCCAGAAAACAGAGGAAUCUAUUAUGGCCUUUGCUUACUUCACCUUCUCCACACGCCUGGAGCCAUGAAAAUAACUUGCAGGGUGACAAGUUGUUGACGAAGGAGGUUAUGACUGGUGUUUGAAGCCAUUUACGGGGUGAUCCGUUAAUACAUUAAAUUGGGGGAUUUAAUUUAUUCUCUCUGUGUGUAUCUCUUUCAUGUACAGCUGCUAUACAUAAGUUCUUACUCCAUACGAAUGUGUUAUUCAUCACCGACUAACACUGUUAAUAAAAUAAAUUGCACAGGUUUCUCC